AGUUGUGCUACUAGAACAGUUAUGUAAGCACAUGGAAUCGAAUCACAUUUCAAUCGACUCAAAUCACUCUGUUGAAAAACACAUACAAUUUUGUUCGAAUAUUCAUCUAAUAAAUAGACAGAAAUUCUUUGAUUGAAUUGACGUGAAUUGAAUUUAAAAGACACGAUUGUAGCGAUGAAGAAGCGAACAUUCAGAAAAAUGUAUUCUCAAUUUGCGGUUGGCCUUCCAAAAGUAUGGGCCGAUGAAAAAGCAUUCAAAUUGAUAAAAGCAAUGCGAUCAUUUCCAAUAUUGCGAUCAUCGUUUGGAAAACAAAACACAAAAGGGGGAGCCAUUGAAAGAGCUCAAUUGGAAAGUAUUCUGGGGUGUCCAAUCAAAGAAAUUGCCCGGAAAUGGAAGACUUUGUGCGCAUAUUACAAUAAAUUGAUUACGCAUGGUAGUGAAUUGAAACAACAACGCUGGCGAUUCUUCAAAGAAAUGUCAAUUACAAUGUCCAUUGAUAACAACACCGAAUCAAAUCCUUCAAAUUCAAAUUCAUUGAAUGACCUCGAUGAAUUUUCGAUUGAGAACGGAGUGGACUUUGAUACAUUUUUCGAACACAAAGACGAUAUUCCCGCAGCUGUCGAUGAUGAGGCAAACAACAGAAUGCUAUUUAACCAUUUUGGACGCAACGAUGGUGAUCUUCUAAGUUUUAAAUUGGCCGACAUUGCAAUGCGAUUCGGUAUUGAGAAGCGGAAUAUGGUUGAAUCGCAAAUGUUAAAUUUGUGCAUCUCGCUUGAAAAGAAAUUGGUGGCCGAAAAAAACAAUCAAUACAUCUGCAUCUGAGCACCCGUUUUAAUUUAUAAAACAUUUGAAAUUCACAUCAGUUGACUUUAUUUCAUGACUAAAGAGCAAAAUAAAUUUAAA